UCGAAAAUUUUCCGAUCUCACCCAAAAGAAACCACCUCAAAUUCUAGAAAGAAAAAAGAUAAUUCGUUUUGUGUUGGAAAUGAUAAAGGAUUCGAACGUGCCCAAGGCAAUGAUAUUCCCAUCGUUGUUCGUCAUAUUAUUACUGUGCGCUUUGAGUAGUGCUCCUGUGUGUGACGCCAUUUGGUUGAAUCUUCCCAAAACCGGUACUAACUACGUCUCCGAGGAAAUCCACAACAAUGUCGUUGUUUUGGCAGACUAUGUAGUGGUUUCCAUGGGAGAAGGUCAAUCUGCUCCCAUUGCCGUCAAGGUGACAUCUCCGUUUGGAAACAAUCUUCAUCACAGGGAGAAUGUGAUGAAGAUUGUGACUUACGGGCGAUUUGCGUUCACAACAGAGGAGUCCGGCAAUUACCUAGCAUGUUUCUGGUCCGAUAACGGUACUGCCGGAAGUGGUAAAGUUGUUAUCAAUAUUGACUGGAAAACUGGAAUUGCAACUAAAGACUGGGAGGCAGUUGCCAGAAAAGAAAAACUUCAGGGGGUUGAGCUGGAGCUGACGAAACUGGAAGGAGCGGUGGAGGCAAUUCAUGAGAAUUUACUGUAUCUGAAAAGCAGAGAAGCAGAAAUGGUGAGUACGAGUGAGACCACAAACGCUAAAGUCGCGUGGUUUAGUUUCAUGUCUCUGGGUAUCUGCAUCCUUGUUUCAAGCCUGCAAGUCUGGUACUUGAAGAGUUUCUUCCAAAACAAGAAGCUUAUAUAA